UCCGUCCCCGUCCUCGUCCCCGCCCCUGGGGCGGUAUCACCGCCUGGAAAGGGAUGCGGAGAAGCCGCGUCCCUGUCCACCCCUCCGGAAAGCCGGGCCCAGGACGCGGCGCGGUCGGAACGUCCGGCUGAAAAUGCGUAUCUCAAAUGCAAGCCCGACUUAGCAGGAAUCUUUGGACUGCCUUGCCCUGUCCCUAAAAUUGGAUCAUGAAGGUACUGGGGAAAAGCCACCUCUGGGUGUGGCUUCCAUUCCUUCACCUGCUGGCCAGCGAUGCGGAGGGCGAAGAGGCCGUGAGACACGCCCUCGAGUUGCACCGGGGCCAAGGGGCGGCCGUCACCCCGAGGAGACAGUGGGUCCUGGACGGUUGCAGAAAGCUCUCCGGGCUCCUUCGCCAAAAGGCUGUGGUUCUUAACAAACUGAAAAGCGCAGUCAGAGCAGUGGAAAAAGACGCCAGCCUUUCGGACGAAGAGAAGCUGUUUCAGGUGCACAUGUUUGAAAUUUUCCAGAAAGAGCUGAAUGAAAGUGAAAACUCAGUCUUCCAGGCCAUCCAUGGACUCCAGAGAGCCCUGCAGGGCGACUACAGGGACGUGGUCAACGUGAAGGAGAGCAGCAGGCAGCGCCUGGAGGCCCUGCGGAAGGCAGCCAUCAAGGAAGAGACAGAAUAUGUGGAGCUUCUGGCAGCAGAAAAGCAUCAGAUUGAAGCUCUUAAAAACAUGCAGCAUCGAAACAAAAGUUUAUCCCUCCUGGAUGAAAUUCUUGAGGACGUGAGGAAGGCGGCAGACCGUCUGGAGAAGGAGACAGAGGAGCACGCUUUCGAUGACAAUAAGUCAGUCAGAGGGGUCAACUUUGAGGCAGUUCUACGGGUGGAAGAGGAAGAGGCCAGUUCCAAGCAGAACCUCACGAAACGGGAGGUGGAGGAGGACCUGGGCCUAAGCCUGCUCAUCGACUCCCAGAAUAACCAGUACAUCCUGACCAAGCCCAGAGAUGCCACCACCCCGCGGGCAGACCCCCACCUCAUAAAGGACAUCGCCACCAUAGGGCUGUUGUCCUUGCCCUGCGGCUGGCUCUGCGUGGCGGUAGGACUGCCGACCAUGUUUGGUUACAUCAUCUGCGGCGUGCUUCUGGGGCCCUCCGGACUUAACAGUAUUAAGUCAGUCGUGCAGGUGGAGACGUUAGGAGAAUUUGGCGUGUUCUUUACUCUCUUCCUCGUUGGCUUAGAAUUUUCCCCAGAGAAGCUGAGAAAGGUGUGGAAGAUCUCCCUGCAGGGGCCCUGCUACAUGACCCUGCUCAUGGUGGCCUUCGGCUUGGUCUGGGGCCACCUUCUACAGAUCAGACCCACCCAGAGCAUCUUUAUCUCUGCCUGCCUGUCCUUGUCGAGCACACCUCUGGUGUCCAAGUUCCUUGUGGGCAGCACCCGCAGUGACAAGGAAGGCGACAUCGACUACGGCGCGGUGCUGCUGGGGAUGCUGGUGACGCAGGACGUGCAGCUGGGACUGGUCAUCGCUGUCCUGCCCGCGUUCGUCCAGGCGGGAGCCGGCGCGCACGCCAGACGUCUCCCUCUCUUUCCCAGCGUCGCCAUGGAGGUCCUGCGGGUCCUGGGCCUGGUCGGGCAGGUCCUCUUCUCACUCGCUGCGGUUCUCCUCUUCUGUCUUGUCGUGAGGACCUACCUCGUGGGACCGUACUGCCGGAAGCUGCACGCGGAGAGCAAGGGGAACAAGGAGAUGCUCAUCCUGGGAGUCUCCGCUUUCAUCUUCCUCAUGCUGACGGUCACCGAGCUCCUGGACGUGUCCAUGGAGCUGGGCUGCUUCCUGGCCGGAGCCCUGGUGUCCUCCCAGGGUCACGUGGUCGCUGAGGAGGUCACGUCCUACGUGGAGCCCGUCCGCGACUUCCUGGCCAUCGUGUUCUUCGCGUCCAUAGGCCUUCACGUGUUCCCCACCUUCGUGCUGUACGAGCUCACCAUCCUGCUGGUCCUCACGCUCUCGGUGGUGGCCAUGAAGUUCGUCCUGGCAGCCCUGGUCCUGUCUCUGCUGCUGCCCAAGACCAGCCAGUACGUCAAGUGGAUCGUGGCCGCGGGGCUGGCCCAGGUCAGCGAGUUCUCUCUGGUCCUGGGGAGCCGGGCGCGCAGAGCACGUGUCAUCUCUCGGGAGGUGUACCUCCUCAUCCUGAGUGUGACCACGCUCAGCCUCCUCCUGGCCCCGCUGCUUUGGCGAGCGGCUGUCGCCAGGUGUGCGCCCCGGCCCGAGAGAAGGUCCAGCCUCUGAGGACCGCGGCCAGGCGACUGGCCGGAGCUGUCACCGCGUUCCCGGACCUCAGAGUCUCCCGGAGCCCACCUCUGCGUGCAGUGAUUAUGCACCGUGUACAUGUAACUCUGCGUUUUACAAAUCACCUUGACUCUUUUGCCUGGAUGUGCCUUUUCUUCAGAAAUUAAUGUUAACUUUCUAUUGUUAUUUCAUCAGUUCAUGUUUUUUUGGUAAAGAAAAAACUAGGAGGCUUUUUAAUUUAUUGUACAACUUGUAAACCGUUGGUAGAUAUUUUAUUAAACGUUUCUGUGACGUGACCUUUUAAUUCUCACAGUGUGUUUGGAAAGUUACUUUUAAUCCUUAAAGUCUAUGUUUUCUAAGAUGAGACAAGUUCUUCUAAAUGUCUUUUGCUUUUUAUUACAAUUUUAAAUAACACUUUCAUGUCAGUUUGUAUCAGGUAAAUCAUUCUUU